AUGGCCGACGACGAUUUUGAGACGGGUGACCUGUUCAAGGACCCUGAGGGGUUCUACCCUGAAGAAAAACAGCCCACAUUUGCCGAGCACCGCAUGCUGUCCGGACAGACGGUGCGCGUGCGGCUUGUGGGCGACCACCCACUCUACGGGAAUUUGCUUUGGAACGCCGGUCGAACUAGCGCACAUUAUAUCGAAGAACGGGCGGAUUCGCUCAUCCGCAACAAGGAUGUCCUUGAGAUCGGCGCCGCCGCAGGCGUCCCCAGCAUUGUGAGUGCGAUCCUAGGGGCUCGUACCACAGUGAUGACCGACUAUCCGGACCCGGACCUGGUGACAAAUAUGCAACAUAAUGCGGAUCUGUCGGCGGAUAUGAUUCCAUCCCAUUCCCGUCUCUAUGUCGAGGGCUAUGCGUGGGGCAAACCGGUGGAACCUCUACAAGCGCAUAUCCCUUCCUCCCAGGGUGGCAUCCCUGCCACCUUUGACGUUUUGAUCAUGGCAGACGUGGUUUACAGCUGGCGCGAACAUGCGAAUCUUAUUAAGACUAUGCACAUGACUUUGAAGAGGGAUCCCAAGGCCGUGGCUUUGGUCAUUUUCACUCCCUAUCAGCCAUGGUUGUUGCCGCAGACUGAGAAGUUCUUUCCGCUGGCGGAGUCGAGCGGUUUCACGGUGAUCAAAAUCUUUGAAAAGCUCAUGGACGAUGUGCUAUUCGAAGAUGAUCCAGGUGAUGAAAGACUUCGGCGCACGGUGUUUGGAUAUGAACUCCGGUGGGCACCAGACCAACUGGAGAAGGAUGCUUGA